GAUGCUGAUGUAAACACAACAUACGUCUCAUCUUCUUCCUGGAUCCAACUGGCGAGAUUAACCUAAAUCGACCUCGUCCAGUGCGACAAAACGACUAUAAUAUGUAUUAAACUAUAAACGUUGGAAGGGUGACACAAUGGACUUCUGCAUCAACCUUAAGGUGAAUUUCAGAGGAAAUUCUAAAAAUUUCCUCCUAUCGGGAUCCGAGACCAAGAGCUGGGACUCGAUGGAGGCCAUGGUAAAGCGAUCCUUUGGCUUAUGCAGCCUUCAGCUGACCUAUUUUGAUGAAGAGAAUGAGGAGGUUUCCAUCAACAGCCAAGGAGAGUACGAAGAGGCACUCAAGAGUGCAGCAAGGCAAGGCAAUCGACUGCACAUGAAUGUGUAUGAGACCCGUGGCCAACCAGCGAGGAUCUCCACUGGUAAGGGAGGAGGUGCAGAGCCAAAGCGGGGUUUCAGACCCCCUCAGCACUGUCCUGCUCUUGCCCAGGCUGUCAGUCGAAAGGUUCAGGCACUGGUUCCAGAACAAGGCAUGGUGAUCAUGAAAGAAGUGAAAGGGACCAAAGAAGAAGACAAGACUCCUCCAGCUUGGUUCACCUCAUACAUGGAGAAAUUCAAAGACCAGGUGGUCCGCGAGGCAGUGGAGAAAAUUUGCAGGGAGUUCUCUGGACAGUGUUGCAUUCACAAGCCCUUGAGUGGAAUAGGGGGAGGUAGAGGAGAUGCAAUAGCUGGGGCAGCAGUGGUACCCGAGGUUUCUUCCUUUACCCUGCCAGGAGCGCCGUCUUCUUCCACUCUUCCCUGCUCUUCCUGCAGGGGACAGACAACAGGUGGAGGCUACCAAUGCAGUGUGUGUACAUCUUGUACUCUAUGCGAGCCCUGCAGUUUUUCUCAUGAUCCGAGUCACAAUUUGGUGAGGGCUCGAACUCCACUCUCUAUACCAGAACAUGGAUCGCCCGCCCCAGACCACAGCAGGUUCUAUAGACGAGGUGACCGUAGCUUCCGAAAGGCAGAGAAGCAGCGACUUAAAGCAGAAAAGCGACUGUUGAAAGCCGAAGUAAAAGAGAUCCGUAAACAGUUAAGGAUGGAGAGGCGUGGCAUACAGUGGAGCUCUUCCCAGAGAGAUGGAAGUUCUUCGCCUGUGCUCCUUCAGCCUCGAGCCACCCAGCACAACAGUCCUGAGCGACCGAAGCGUCCCUGUCCCCUGGUGGUUCCAACCAUGACAGCGACAUUUCUGGAUGAGAACCUUCCAGAUGGGACCCGUCUGCGUCCUGGGACCAAGUUCAUCAAAUACUGGAAGAUGAGGAACACAGGAACAAUGAGUUGGAGCUCUGAUACAAAGCUGAAGUUUAUGUGGGGAAACCUGGCAGUUGGAUCAGGGGAUCGUUGGAGAGAAGUUUCUGUUCCUUUCCUCCAGCCUGGACAAGUUGGUAUUGUGAGUGUAGCAUUAAGUGCUCCCUCUGUGGAGGGUUCUUACACCUCCCACUGGCGCCUUGCCCAUUCUGGAGAGCAAUUUGGACCCAGAGUUUGGUGCAGCAUUGUGGUUGACCCUCAGGCCCCUGCCCCGAUGAUGGCCGAUGGGAUACUUGUGUCACCGUGUGUCACACCCCAGGGUAAAAAUCCAGUGCCUAAGGAUGGAAAAGUAUCCACAGCCUCGCGAAAACAGCCUUCACUUUCAGUAGACAGUGGAGAAGAAUACUACAUCCCCUCCGUGGACCUUCUCACUGCACAGGAUCUUCUAUCUUUUGAGUUGCUGGACAUCAACAUUGUCCAAGAGUUGGAAAGUGUUCCGAAUAACACCCCAGCUGACAUGACUCCCUGCAUCUCUCCUCUUCCUCAAGAUGGCCACAUGCAGGACAAAGGCAGCCCUUCUUUGGGGCUGAUACAAGAGGAGUCUGAAGUCAUCAAUAGCAUAAUGGAUGUAUCUCAUGAGGUGGGAUCUCUUGCUGAAGAAAAUGCAAUACCAGCACAAGAGGAAGGGGAGGGGGACAUCAGUGGCACACAGUUUGUUUGUGAGACUGUGAUUUGCUCAAUGACCUUGGAGGAGGCCCGUGACCACACCCCUGUGAGAGGGUCCUGCUCUGGAGCAGUGGUACGACCACCUGUUCCGCCUGGUACCUGUGUAAAAAAUGAAGAGCUGAAAACUGAGGAAAUUUUGGACAGUACUAAGAACCACUUGAAACCUCCAGCUUUACUGAAGUCCUCCUUACCAUCCCCUCUGAAAGCCUCCCUACCUGCUCCUUUGUCCGUGGUGCCAACCCAGGCGGCUGGUCCCUGUUCAGUACCAAUAACUGUUAACAUUCCACUGAUGUCCUCCACACUGCAGGAGUCCAACACCACAGAUGGUGAGGUUGCAUCCACUGAGGGUGCCGGUGUGCAGUCCAAAACAAAGGAAAGCGAGAAAGAAUCAGAGGUGAAAGAGGGAUUAAAGAAGAAAGGCAAGACGAGAAGUCGCUCAUCCUCCACCUCCUCGGAGGAAUACAUCAUCAUCCUUCCUGACUGUUUUGACACUAGCCGGCCAUUGGGGGAGUCUAUGUACAGCUCUGCUCUGUCUCAACCUGGGGACAUCUCAGCUAGCAGCACUGCAGAUCCUGAAAUCCUGAGCUGUGAGAACCCUGGCGGUACAUUCCAGGAAGAGGGCAAGGCACAUGACAUCCCAGCCACUGUAGGCGCAGACACGUUAGGCAACAGCAGUGCCAACGACAUGCUCUGCACGUCUCAGACAUUAGAUGACGAGCCAUUGACCCCUGAAGUGGUGGCACCACCUACAACUGUCCUUACACCAAGUCCGGAGGGUAUUAGAGAAGCGGCAGGAGACAAUGGUGCAGUUGACGAGGAAACUGAAGACGCCAAACUGUAUCAAACGGUGGAUGGUGCUGAAGGAAAAGAAUCAGAAGCCAUUGUGAAUACUGAGGGAGACCCUGAAGAUCCCAGGCAUACAGGUGUCACCAGUGACUUGGUUAAAGGAGCUCUGUCAGUAGCUGCUUCUGCAUACAAAGCUUUGUUUACUGGACAAGGCCCAACACAGCCUCCAGCAGAUGAAUCCACACAAGAGACCAUGAUUGCCGUACUUGUAGAGAUGGGUUUCGGGGACAGACCACUCAACCAGCGAUUGCUUAAGAAACAUAACUACAACCUGCUAGAUGUCGUCAAUGAACUUGUUCAGCUGACCGACAAUGACUGGUACUCUACACGGUACUGACCAGCGAGAACAUGGAAGAAAUAAAACACAAAUCAGGUGUGUGUGUAGAAAGCAAAAUUUCGUAGCUUUGUAUCAUAAAGAGACAUUCCUGCCCGGGGACGGAAGACUCAAACCCUGUUUCGUAACAAAAUAGUGUGUCAUAAAACCAGUGCACAACCUAAAAUACUUAAAUACAAACCACCACUACAAAAAAGUAUUGGGAACUUUCAACUUUGUGUCCAUGUGUUGUACUUAUUUAAAGGUGGCGUGGCCUUGUAGGCCUUGACUAGGACCAUCUCUUAAGGGACUAUAAAGUUCUUUCUUUUUUGUUUUGGUUAACUUUUUCAUCAUGCAUGGAAACCUUGCCAGAGAUGACUGGGAAAAACUAGGAAAUGGAAAUGAUUGGAGUUUUUAAAAAAAUUCAGAUCUGGACUAAGAAUGGGAAUUGUUUAGAAUUUAUUGUACUGUGUUUUGAGCCGAGUUUUUAUCGAUUAUGGUGUCAAUUCUCAAUGUGUAAGGGAAUUAAAUACCGCGAAUGAUAUAUAGUUAAUGUCAUCAUCAUUAUGCAGAUCAUUAAAGUAUAUGUGAUAAUCAGGGCUCGAAGUUAACUAGUGCCUUAAAAUUCUUGACUUGCCCAUGAAAACCUUGACCUGUUGAGACUUGUUAGCCAAUAAACAGUUUUAAUAAAGAAAACUAUAAAGAAAUUAAAUGAGGAAAAUGAUCUCUCACUAAUGGAAUCAUAAUUUAUAUAAUUCAUAACUUCUAUAGUAUAAAUGAAUAAUUGAAGUCACGUAGUCAUCGAUCAGGACCGAGGGCUGAUUGAAAAUAUUCGGGGAAAAUUUGAUCUUCCAUGCCGCUUAUCCUCACAAGGGUGCUGGAGCCUAUCUCAGCUAACCAUGGGCAGUAAGUGGGCUACACUCUGAAUUGGUUGCCAGCUAAUCGCAGGGGAAAUUGCAAUUGCGAUUCCUUAUGUACCACAUUUUACGCACUGGAUUAUAAAAUACAUUAGUACAACACUCUCCCGCGUUGUAAUGAUUGUUUUAGUUAUAUAUAUAUUUUUUGUUUUGUUGCUUUACUUGUAGGUGUGAUGAAUGUGCUUCUUGAGCACUUCACGAGAGGAGUAUAAUACAUAUAUACUCUAACAAAAUUGGUUCGAGGUCAUUAAUCGCAACCAGAAUUCAUUCAUAAGGGUACAGGGUUAUAAGGCGCACUGUCAAUUUUUGGGAAAAUAAAGGAUUUGAAGUGUGCCUUAAUAUUUUAUAGUUGAUUGAAAUUCAAGCCUUCUAAACAUGUAGCAUAGUGAUGCUUUUGCCAUGGUUGUGGAAAGUCCUAUACCUUUGGCCCCCAAAUGACUUAGGCCCAGCCACCUCUGGUCUGGUGCUAACAGUCUGUGAUUAGCCGCAUAGAACUAAUGAACAACUCUGAACUGAACUGAAUUGAACUGAAGAACUACUUUAAACUGCAGGACACAUUGACCACGAACACCUCACUUCAAACCUACGUUGCAGGAAUGUGCUUUCAUUCGGCGCCAAGCGUCGUGCGCUGUGAGGCAAUGAGUUCAUCAGCAACCGAUAUCAGAACUGUAUUUCCACAGCGACCAACCAUGAGGGACACGUGGCUGCUCCACUCUCACCCAUGAUUGCAAAAUCGGUGAUCCCUCCGUGUGAGGUUGUUCAGCCAUAUUGUCUCAACUCGCUGCCGAAUUGAAGCAUUUUAUGAGGCGGAGGAAAAACAAAACCUGGUAGAAUGGACGCGUCAAGUCACUUUGGGAUGUGGUAGAGAAGGCUUUGCGCGGUGGUACGAUUUGGGACAACAUAUACAGUGCCAUAAAAAUAUGAAAUUUUAAUUUUUUGUCAAGAAUCAACAACAACAAGUGGGACACAAUCGUGAAGUGGAACAAUAUUUAUUGGAUAAUUUAAACUUUUUUAACAAAUAAAAAACUGAAAAGUGGGGCGUGCAAUAUUAUUCGGCCCCCUUGCGUUAAUACUUUGUAGCGCCACCUUUUGCUCCAAUUACAGCUGCAAGUCGCUUGGGGUAUGUUUCUAUCAGUUUUGCACAUCGAGAGACUGACAUUCUUGCCCAUUCUUCCUUGCAAAACAGCUCGAGCUCAAUGAGGUUGGAUGGAGAGUGUUUGUGAACAGCAGUCUUCAGCUCUUUCCACAGAUUCUCGAUUGGAUUCAGGUCUGGACUUUGACCCGGCCAUUCUAACACCUGGAUACGUUUAUUUUUGAACCAUUCCAUUGUAGAUUUGGCUUUAUGUUUUGGAUCAUUGUCCUGUUGGAAGAUAAAUCUCCGUCCCAGUCUCAGGUCUUGUGCAGAUACCAACAGGUUUUCUUCCAGAAUGUUCCUGUAUUCGGCUGCAUCCCAUCUUCCCGUCAAUUUUAACCAUCUUCCCUGUCCCUGCUGAAGAAAAGCAGGCCCAAACCAUGAUGCUGCCACCACCAUGUUUGACAGUGGGGAUGGUGUGUUCAGGGUGAUGAGACGUGUUGCUUUUACGCCAAACAUAUCGUUUUGCAUUGUGGCCAAAAAGUUCAAUUUUGGUUUCAUCUGACCAGAGCACCUUCUUCCACAUGUUUGGUGUGUCUCCCAGGUGGCUUGUAGCAAACUUUAAACGAGACUUUUUAUGGCUAUCUUUGAGAAAUGGCUUUCUUCUUGCCACUCUUCCAUAAAGGCCAGAUUUGUGCAGUGUAUGACUGAUUGUUGUCCUAUGGACAGACUCUCCCACCUCAGCUGUAGAUCUCUGCAGUUCAUCCAGAGUGAUCAUGGGCCUCUUGGCUGCAUCUCUGAUCAGUUUUCUCCUUGUUUGAGAAGAAAGUUUGGAAGGACGGCCGGGUCUUGGUAGAUUUGCAGUGGUCUGAUGCUCCUUCCAUUUCAAUAUGAUGGCUUGCACAGUGCUCCUUGAGAUGUUUAAAGCUUGGGAAAUCUUUUUGUACCCAAAUCCGGCUUUAAACUUCUCCACAACAGUAUCUCGGACCUGCCUGUUGUGUUCCUUGGUUUUCAUAAUGCUCUCUGCACUUUAAACAGAACCCUGAGACUAUCACAGAGCAGGUGCAUUUAUACGGAGACUUGAUUACACACUGGUGGAUUCUAUUUAUCAUCAUCGGUCAUUUCGGACAAUACUGGAUCAUUCAGAGAUCCUCACUGAACUUCUGGAGUGAGUUUGCUGCACUGAAAGUAAAGGGGCCGAAUAAUAUUGCACGCCCCACCUUUCAGUUUUUUAUUUGUUAAAAAAGUUUAAAUUAUCCAAUAAAUGUUGUUCCACUUCAUGACUGUGUCCCACUUGUUGUUGAUUCUUGACAAAAAAAUUAAAUUUCAUAUCUUUAUGUUUGAAGCCUGAAAUGUGGCGAAAGGUUGCAAGAUUCAAGGGGGCCGAAUACUUUUGCAAGGCACUGUAGUUUCACAAUACAUUUGAUACGAAACAUCACAAGACGCAUCACGUUCAGAAAAAAUGGAUCGCAACUGUUUAGACUCGAUGUAAUACUACAUGGCUUGGGCAAUCAAUAUAGCUCAUAGAUAUUUUAGUCAAAUUGCUGGCCUGUCUCCACAGCUUUACCACAAAUAGACACUGACCGUUUAGCGGUGCUCAUGAGGCAGAGUGGAUAAAAAUCUACUCACAUUACAUAAGCAGAAGAAAAGGUUUUGGGAGAGUUCACGUAAAAUAGCAGGUCGUUAAAUGAAAGGUUUUUCAAACUCAUGGUUUCAAAACGAAACAAAAAUGAUUACAUAACAACAAACUAUAAAUAUAAAUAACAUCUAAUAAAGCAUAAUUAGUAAUUAAUGAAAGAACUGGAACAGUCACGGAAGAAAUAAUUAGCACAAAACAUUAUCUUCGAACUUUGUUUGGAUAUGUGACGCCGCUUUGCAAUACUUGGAGGUAUGCUACACGGUAGUUAUAUAACAACUGUGUUGGCAGCAGGUGGCACUACCAAGGGAAGUUGGUUCAAAACUUCACUGCGGGUAAUUUGCUCUAUGGCGCUAUCAAGUGGUCUUGAAACCCAAGAGGCCAAGAGUAUUGAGAAUUGUAAGGCCAUUUAUUUUAGAAAAUACGAAUGUGCUUGUGUUACGAUCUAAACAAUAUACACCACGUGCUAUAAGGAUAAUUUGCUAUUCGGGUUUAUUUGGAAAUAAUAGCUUUCCCACAGUUUUGGCUUUGAACUGCUUUUUCACAGCCCAAAAUCCACAAAAUGUGAGAUGAAAAGUGAUCAACAUUGUGUUUUUAGGCCGCUUUAUAGUGUAGUCUGUAGUUUGGAAUGAAUUUGCAAGUGUAUUUUUAAACAUUUUAUCAUAUCGUAUCAAGAUGUUUCUUAUUGUGCAUCGUAUCAUGAGUUUCAGUGUAUCAUCUCAUCCCUAGACCCUACCAACAUCAAUGCAAAAUCUUUGUGAAAAAUGAAUGCAACAAUGGAUGGAAAUAGAUCUUGUGACAUUGCUGAAGCUUAUCGAAACAGUGCAGCUGCAAAUGUGUGCCGUAAUCAAAGCUAAAGGCUUUUAUUUUAGUUUU